AUAAUGGCAGCCUCCGUGUCGAAAAGUGAAAGGAUAAAUUUCGGCAGCAUUCGGCGUUUGUGAUAAACACCUAGCCUGUCAUCCACUUAAGCACAAAACUGCACAACUAUUCUACGAGAUGGUGACAAAAAAGCUGAUAGAUCUGUGAUGUCUACAUCUGGUAACCAUAGAAGGUGGCACAUCACAUGUGAAGAUGUGGGUCGAUUGGUUCAGUGGGUGAAAGGACGACUAGGGAUGAGGCGAUACCAGUUUCUCUUUAUUUUGCUGUGUCUCAGCUUGGUGUAUCUCUUAAUACAGUUCUUCAUGGUUUUAACUGUGAAACAGGAUGAGAAACUUUCAUCCAAUGUGGAAGUAUUGACUCUAUUUCUGGAGGUGUGCUCUCAGCAGGGUGUGAUUGUCACCAUCCUUGAGCCAGAGGCUGUGCGUACCUACCUGCGUGGCGGUGUUACAGAAGAUGUUCUCUACUGUGAGACAUGCAAUGAGUUUGGACGUCAUCACACCACUAUUGGUUUAGAAAGUACAGAUAAAAUAUCUCCAGAUCUAUUCAUCAUGGCUGGCUUGCGUGUUCAUGAGGUCAAAGUCCCAGACCCUAGGCUUGAAUCAGUAACCAGUUUGAAUACACCCAACAUCACAACACAUUACUUCAUACAAAGAAGGAUUCCAAGCAGCCAUAUCAUCCAAGUUGUUUUCUUGUAUGAAAGAAAAGAUGAUGAGGAAAGCUACUUUUGGCACAGUGACAUCAGAUGGGACUCAGAUUUGCCCAAAUGGGUGACACAAUCAUUGCAGCUAGAAGACUUAAGUUUUGGAACUACUUCAGGAGUUUACCAAAGGUUACUGACUGUUAAUGUAAAAGAGCGUGGGUAUAAUCUGAAAGUGCCAGAAAACUUGAUGACCCAGACAUUUGAUGCAACCUUUUUAGACUGCAAUUAUACUCGUGCAAGGGAAUUUUACAAACUGUACAAACAACCGACUGAUAAUGAAUUUGUGAAAAAAGCAGUCACCGUGAUGUUGAAAGGGAGAGAAGUUCUGAAUAAACUGGAGGUACCGUUUUGGCUAAGCAGUGGCAAUUGCUUAGGUUGGUUCCGCCAGUGUGGCAUCAUUCCAUACAGCCAAGAUAUUGAUUUUGGGGUGGGUAUACAGGAUAAUGAUGACCGGAUAAUUCCAGCAUUUCAAGGAGCUGGAUUUACACUCAAGCAUCUCUUUGGAAAGAUAUCUGAUAGCUACGAGCUAUCAUUCAUUCAUGUUAAGACUGGGAUCAAGCUGGACUUGUUUUUCUUUUAUGAGGAGCCAGAUUAUCUGUGGAAUGGUGGAACCGAAUAUGACACAGGCAAGAAAUACAAGUACAUUUUCCCCAAGUUCUCUUUGUGUUGGACGGAGUUGCUUCAAAUGAAAUUCCGGGUGCCAUGUGAAACUGAGAGUUAUGUGGAGGCUAACUAUGGUAAAAACUGGAUGAAACCUGUGACAUCUUGGGACUGGAAAAAAAGCCCUCCAAAUGUUCGAGAAAAUGGAGUUUGGCCAGAUGAUGAAUGGGACAAAGUGAUUCAAAUUUAUGACAAUGUGGAUCAGAAAGAUGAUAUUGGUUUGAAGUUGAAGGGUUGAAAUAUCAUUUCCUUCACAUGGAGAACUGUGGAUGAGAAUGAUUGAUGGAAGUGAAUGGAUAUUAUGUUGUGCUUGUAUGUGGUACUUUUUUAUAUAUAACUGACAAUUAUAUCUAGGACAACUUCUAUAUUUGAAUAUUUAUUCCCUUUAGCCUUUUGUGUAUCGUUUGUUAGAAAAGAGUUUGGUAAGGUGAAACCUACACAUCCUACCAAAUAAAUUGUUUUAUUGGAAACAACACGAAGGAUUGUAAUAUGUGGAAAACCAUGUUGUAGGUUUGAACAGGUUUUUCCAGUCACUGUCAUUUUUGUGUUUUCAUGUUGUACAUGGUAGACAGUGGUGGUAAAUCUCACUAGAAAACUUUUGAUCAAUUAAGCCAAGCAGA